AUGUAUGAUAUAGUCCGCAGGAUGGAGAUAGGGCUAUGUAAGAUGGAACAGGUUCAUCUGGGAGAGAUGAGGGUUGGCAGUAAAAUUCAUUGUUUCCAAGAGUGGUGCAUGGUUUUGUCAGAAGAAUGGUUGGGGUUUUGCAAUAUCAGCCGGUAUAAGGUCAGUAAAUGA